CAAGACUCCCCGUUGUUUUCGCAGUUAUAUGAGUUACAUGAUAGACGACAUCGAUCAUUUAUUUGUCCUUGUCAACCAGAGACGCCAGACGUUAGAUCCCCGAUAAGCCGGCUGUUCUAUUCGUUCUUGCCCCCUUAUAUUCAUUGCGAGGGCUUUCCGCCCUGAUCGUCUCGAUCGACCGAGUUGUUUGUGGCAACGGCCUCAAACCUCGCCAUCUUUCCUGCGCCUUGGUCAAUAGAAAGAAUAAAGAAAGUAAAGAUGAAGGUCUUUUCGUCCGACUGCACCUUCGAUUAUUCGUGGGAAGAGGUUUCCACCGCAAACUGGCGCAAAUAUUGCCCUUGGAAUGACAAGUCCACGCAUGUGAAGGCUGUUGAUACGCUUUCCAGAACGGUGGAGCCAUCCACAGGUCUUUUACGCACGGAGCGUUUAAUAACCUGCCAGCAGACUGUUCCCCGUUGGGUGUUGUCACUCUUUGGAGGCAGCCCGCUUUCUUACGUAUACGAAGUCUCAUAUGUCGACCCCGUGGAAAAGAAGGUGACUAUGUGUUCCACAAAUCUCACAUGGUCCAACGUCCUCAAUGUUAAAGAGACGGUUGUAUACCAACGUUCACGGUCAAUGCCAGGCACAAAAACAGAUUUCCAGCAGGAGGCUAUGAUCACUGCACUGUGCAGUGGUUGGCAGAAGAUCAAAAACAAAGUCGAAGAAGCCAGCAUCGAGCGAUUCAGUCAAAAUGCAAAACGAGGCCGUGAAGGCUUCGAAGCUGUCCUUGAGAUGAGUCGGCGCGUCUUUGGAGAACAAAAAGAACUGGAGAAGGAGCAUCUCAAAUCAACUUGAUCAUUUGUCUUAUAUUUGAACUUGGUUACGGCUCAGCGACUGCAUAAACUUUGACACUGCAUCGGCUUAUCGACAUGGCGUUAUUUUUCUUGGGUGAUAUCACACAUUUUCGGCGCAUAGAAAAAGCUCUUAUUUCAAAUCCCCACGAUGUCCUUGAGACGCUUGUAUCUUUCCUGGAUACUCUGUCGUCUAAUCAACGAUCUGAUGACCUGCACUUGUUUUUACUUUUUGAUGACGUUUAUAAUGUAGAUAUUCUUAGAGAGGCGAGCGAACUAUCAAUUUUAGACAUUGAUAUACAAGU